GGGAGAGACGCGACAAGAGCCUCUCGGUUUUUCACUCCGCAGCGAGGCGGGAGAGGCAGGCGCGCGCGCCUCUCUCUCUCCCUCUCUCUUUCUCUCUCUCUCUCUCUCUCUCCCUCUCGCCUACUGUCUCCGGUGGACCCCCAGUCCUCCGGGCCGGGCCGGGCUGGGCCGGGCCGGGCCAUCAUCUCGCGCGCAUGGACGACCACUUCAACCUGAUCGACUCGCCGUCGGCGCGGCGGCGGGGAAGCGACGGAGACAGCCGCGGCUCAGAUGUGGACGGGGGCGGCCCGGCCGCGGCUACGGUGACGGUGGCGGUGGGUGAGCUGUUGGAGGAAACGGGCGCGCUGCCGGCGCACGUGUCGCUCGAGCGCUACGAGCCCGAACCGGGCUGCCGCGAGCGCGUGGUCAUCAACAUCUCGGGCCUGCGCUUCGAGACGCAGCUCAAGACGUUCAGCCAGUUCCCAGACACGCUGCUUGGCGACCCGCGCAAAAGGAUGCGCUACUUCGACCCGUUGCGCAACGAGUACUUCUUCGACCGCAACCGACCGAGCUUUGACGCCAUCCUCUACUACUACCAGUCGGGCGGGCGCAUCCGCAGGCCCGUGAACGUGCCCAUAGACGUCUUCUCCGAGGAAAUUCGCUUCUACCAGCUGGGCGAGGAGGCUAUGGAAAAGUUCCGCGAGGACGAGGGCUUCAUCAAAGAGGAGGAGCGCCCGCUGCCCAGCCGUGAGUUCCAGCGACAGGUGUGGCUCCUCUUCGAGUACCCGGAGAGCUCGGGCCCAGCGCGCGGCAUCGCUAUCGUCUCCGUGCUGGUCAUCCUCAUCUCCAUCGUCAUCUUCUGCCUGGAGACGCUGCCCGAGUUCCGCGACGACCGCGAGGCAGCGGCGGCCGCUGCUGCGGCGGCGGCAGCGGUGCCACUGGGCAACGGCACGGCGCCGUAUGGCCCGGGUUCCUUCACCGACCCCUUCUUCGUGAUCGAGACGCUGUGCAUCGUGUGGUUCUCCUUCGAGCUGCUCGUGCGCUUCUUCGCGUGCCCAAGCAAGGCCACGUUCUCCAAGAACAUCAUGAACAUCAUAGACAUCGUGGCCAUCAUCCCGUACUUCAUCACGCUGGGCACGGAGCUCGCCGAGCGCCAGGGCAACGGACAGCAGGCCAUGUCGUUGGCCAUCCUGCGCGUCAUCCGCCUCGUGCGCGUCUUCCGCAUCUUCAAGCUCUCGCGCCAUUCCAAGGGCUUGCAGAUCCUCGGCCAGACGCUCAAGGCCAGCAUGCGCGAGCUGGGCCUCCUCAUCUUCUUUCUUUUCAUCGGGGUCAUCCUCUUCUCCAGUGCCGUGUACUUCGCUGAGGCGGACGACCCGGCCUCGAGCUUUGGCAGCAUCCCGGACGCCUUCUGGUGGGCCGUGGUCACCAUGACUACGGUGGGCUACGGGGACAUGCACCCGGUCACCAUCGGUGGCAAGAUCGUGGGCUCUCUGUGCGCCAUCGCCGGCGUGCUCACCAUCGCUCUGCCCGUGCCCGUCAUCGUGUCCAACUUCAACUACUUCUACCACCGCGAGACGGACGGCGAGGAGCACGCGCAGUGCCUGCACGCGGGCAGCCGCGAGCGCGUGGACUCGGCGCAGGGCGAGCUGCUGGAGCGCGCGCGCAGCGCCUCGUCGCUCGGCAAGCCGGAGUACGUGGCCAUCGAGGAAGCGCUGCACGGCGCCUUCAGACAGCCCAGCUACCCCAACCAGAACAGCCAGAACUGCGUGAGCGUCAAGAAGAUUUUCACCGACGUGUAGCUGAGGCACAAAAGCGCAGCGCGCGCGAGCGUGCGUGUGUGCCACUGAGUGAGCUUUAUCUUCACGCACAGAGGAUGCGCGCAAAACCCCCGAAAACAGACCCAGGACGGCAGACUAAAGCUGCUGGUGCGCAGCCCGUUCAGCCUUUGGGAUUGUUUUACCCCGAAGCGCUUUAACAGGGCAGGCGCGGGGACUGUGGAAUAAAACGCGGACUAACCAUGUCGUGAUCGUCGCUGUGCGUUUUUGCUCUCAAUGUUUAUCUGUGCUCGUCAUAACGCGUUCAGUGUUCGCGGUGUGUCCCGUUUCGUGGCGAAGCUGAAUGGCCCGCUGGAAGGUCUGUUCACGCGGGACACGAACUGCUCUCGGAGGUCGUGUGUUAGAAUGUCACCAUGUAUUUUGUUCAGUAUAUCCAAGUGCAGAUUCUAUUUUAACACAAUGAAAGUCUGUGGAAAAAAACAUUAAAAUGUUAACAAUAGUCUGAUAUAUAUCUCUAUAUAUACAUACAUAUAGUUUACUGUAUGUCUUUAUUAAGCAUAUUGCCUUUACAUAUACCAAAUGAAAUUGUGAUAUAACCGAAAGAAAGAAUAGAUUGUUUUCGCUUAGAAAUAAUCUUUAAUUUUGUAGGGGGGUCUUCUUCCCCUCGUAGAGAGAGAGAGAGAGAGAGCGAGAGAGAGAGAGAGAGAGCGAAAGAGAGAGAGAGAGAGAGAGAGAGAGAGAGAGAGAGAGAGAGAGAGAGAGAGAGAUGCUGAGGGAGGCGGCGUAAAAAAAGAAAGAAAAACAGACACGCUGGACUCAUCUCGUCUCUGGCAUGGGAAACAGAAACAAGAUCAGCGAGCGAGGAUGCGCCUCCCAGUCGAAGCCCCUGAGUCCGCCUCGUGAUGCAGUCUCCAUAGCGACUACAGUUUCCUGGGAAGGAAGGAACUCAUGGAGGUUUCUGCUGAUGGGCGUCAAUAUCACACAAUCAGCUGAGCUGUGGCCCUAUUCCAAACAGUGAAAGCAACACAGUUUUAAAGAUCUUUCAGAUAGAUCCACGCCGUGCCUAGGACUGUUCAUCAACCAUUCCACUGAAGAGGAGGCUUUCAAAGCACAGGAACAAGCUCAUAUGAGGACAGAGAGAUGAAGUCCACAUCGCUCUGUAUUGUCCUCUCUGCCAGAUCAACAUUCUAGAAGUGGCCUUUUUCUUGGGAUAUACUGCCAGGCCGAAUCUAGAUUACCAGUCAGAAGAUAUCUGUGUACUAUUCAAGAUAGCAGCUGUGAACCUUUGAAAUAGUUGGACAGAAGCUGACCAUCUUUGCCGUAACUGUCCACUGCUGUAGGACAUAUAUACUGAGGAUUUUGAUGUCUCCUUCAUGUAUUCAGAGUUUGUGAUGUUAUCAAACCAGAUGUCUGCGUAUGAAUUUGUCAUCAUUAUUAAGACACUGCCUACUUAUUGACUAUAUAAUUCACUGCCUAUUUAUUGACUAUAUUAGACAUUCCAAUCACUGAAUAAUUGAAAAUAUUAAACUUUAUGAUGCGCUGCACUAAUAAAAGAAAUGGGUUGUCUGAGCAACGCAAAGAGAAAAAACA